CCGGGCGGGGCGGGGCGACGCUGAGCUCCGUCUUGCUCCCAUGGCCGUCCCCGGCUCACGGUGCUGCCCCCUCUGCCCCGGGCCGCGCCCGGGGGUCCCGCACUGACGGCCCAUGGCGCCGCCCGCCGCCCGCCUCGCGCUGCUCUCCGCCGCUGCGCUCACUCUGGCGGCCCGGCCUGCGCCCGGCCCCCGCCCCGGCCCCGAAUGUUUCACAGCCAAUGGUGCAGAUUACAGGGGAACACAGAGCUGGACAGCACUGCAGGGCGGGAAGCCAUGUCUGUUCUGGAACGAAACAUUCCAGCAUCCCUACAACACGCUGAAGUACCCCAGCGGGGAAGGUGGAUUGGGUGAGCAUAACUAUUGCAGAAAUCCAGAUGGAGAUGUGAGCCCCUGGUGCUAUGUGGCGGAGCAUGAGGACGGCGUCUACUGGAAGUACUGCGAUAUUCCUGCCUGCCAGAUGCCUGGAAACCUUGGCUGCUACAAAGAUCAUGGAAACCCACCUCCUCUCACUGGCACCAGUAAAACAUCCAACAAGCUCACCAUACAGACCUGCAUCAGCUUUUGUCGGAGUCAGAGGUUCAAGUUUGCCGGGAUGGAGUCGGGCUACGCAUGCUUCUGCGGGAACAAUCCUGACUACUGGAAGCACGGGGAGGCAGCCAGCACUGAGUGCAAUAGUGUCUGCUUUGGGGACCACACACAGCCCUGUGGUGGAGACGGCAGGAUUAUCCUCUUUGACACUCUCGUGGGCGCCUGCGGUGGGAACUACUCAGCCAUGGCAGCCGUGGUCUACUCUCCUGACUUCCCAGACACCUAUGCCACCGGGAGGGUCUGCUACUGGACUAUCCGGGUCCCAGGAGCCUCUCACAUCCAUUUCAACUUCACCUUAUUUGAUAUCAGGGAUUCCGCAGACAUGGUGGAGCUGCUGGACGGCUACACCCACCGUGUCCUGGUCCGCUUCAAUGGAAGGAACCACCCGCCCUUGUCCUUUAAUGUCUCUCUGGAUUUUGUCAUUUUGUAUUUCUUCUCUGAUCACAUCAAUCAGGCCCAGGGAUUUGCUGUCUUUUACCAAGCCACCAAGGAAGAACCACCACAGGAGAGGCCUCCAGUCAACCAGACACUGACAGAGGUGAUCACCGAACAAGCCAACCUCAGCGUCAGUGCUGCCCACUCUUCCAAAGUCCUCUAUGUCAUCACCACCAGCCCCAGCCACCCACCGCAGACUGUCCCAGGUAGCCAUUCCUGGGCACCAUCAGUUGGGGCCAGCAGCCACAGAGUGGAAGGAUGGACCGUGUAUGGCCUGGCAACCCUCCUCAUCCUCACAGUCACAGCCGUCGUUGCCAAGAUCCUUCUGCAUGUCACAUUUAAGUCUCAUCGUGUUCCUGCUUCGGGAGACCUUAGGGACUGUCGUCAAUCAGGGGCUUCUGGGGAGAUCUGGACCAUUUUCUAUGAACCUUCCACUACAAUCUCCAUCUUUAAGAAGAAGCUCAAGGGCCAGAGCCAACAAGAUGACCGGAACCCCCUUGUGAGUGACUGAAGCCACACCACACUGAGACAGGAGGCUGCUCCUGAGCUGAAGGUUGCUGGGGUCCUGCUGCAGGGGCGCAGUGGCUGGAGUCCUCCAUCACAUGCAUUUAGGCUGGACACUCGGAGCUCGGCCCCUGGCCUGCAGCUCUGCCAAGACUGGGGCUGAGUUGACAGGACACAGCUGGACCUGAUUCUAGACAACUGUUGGGUGGUGGGUAGUUUAAUGUGUGAUGCGUUUUUAUUUUCUAUUUUGACCGUGUAUGGAUCAGUUUCCCCUGAUCUUUACAGUUUGGAACAGAGCCAGACUGAAGAAAUUCUCGGGUUUUCUUGAAGGCUGGCCUGGUUCCCUGCCAGAUGUGGUCGUCUAGCUGUUAGCACCUCAGAGUGCACAGAGGCCCAGUGCCCUGGUCCAGGCCUGCAACGUUCUCUCUGAUGCCGACUAAGAUGUGCCUCAUCUAGUCUGAGGGGACUGAGAACAGGGUCACACUAGAUGUCUUCUUUCUAGAGGCCUGCAGGGCUAACCUGGGGAUUGAGCACAAAAUAUCCACCUGUUUGUCCAUGGGGCGACACAGUAAACUGCUUGUGUACUAGACUUACCUAGCCUGGCCCCCAAGCAGUUCACAGGUCUGUGGAAUCUGAACUCAGCCUGUCCCUCUGUCCUCUCAGCUAACUUCGAGUUCAAAACAAGGAGUUUAAAGGCUGUAGCAUAGUGUGGGGGCUGUAGCUCAGUGGUAGAGAGCUUGCCUUGCAUACACGAGUCCCUAAGAUCAAUGCCAAUACUGCCAAAAAAAAAAAAAAAAGAGAGAGAGAGAGAAACUGUAGCAUAGCCUGUGGGCAGCAUCCUGUGAUGAGACAGAGACCUGUGGAUCCUACAUGAGGUGUCUACCAUUUUAAAAGAAGACCACAAACUACCAAGAGCUAUGUCCUUUGUCCCUUAUCAGGGGGACAGAGUAGUUAGGGUAAGGGCUCUUGUCUUGUCCUGUCACUCUGCCCCUUAGACAGGGAGGCAGACUACGGAAGCUGGCAAAAGGAAAAGGCAGAGCCUGGGAACUGGAGAUCUUUCCAGGAGAGGCUGAAAGAUUUAGAGUCCCAGUUACAGUGCCGCCAGUUGUGAGAGGAAGGGCCACCCCUGAUGGAGAAGCCCUGCAAUCUGGAAGUGACCUUGGUCAGCAGUAGCUGAGAGGAACAACCUGUGCCCUGAAGGGGACCCUGGUCGCUCUCUUGUCAGCACUUGAGCUUUGGAGCUGUGGGCCUCUGAUCUCCUGGGUGCCCUCCUGGAGCACUACUUACCUCUCCUGCGUCUCUAAGCCGCUGCCAUUGAGGCCUCUUGUAGGGUUGGCCAGCCCGUCAGUAACUGGCUGCUCCCAGGUAAGAGGACUAUAUGGGACCAUGGGGGAGCAUCCUCAGGGAGAGGCAGUGACCAGAGCUGAUGGAUAGAGAGGCAACUGGAGGGGGAAACUGUGACUCUACAGCGGGCCAGGGGUGCUGUCCAGCUCCCAUGGGAGGCCUGCAGGGUACAGAGCUGCUGGGGGUCAUCUGGAAAAGCGGCAGGCGCCACAGUCUGAAGACAGGCUGACCACGCACAAGGACCGCUGGAAAUAGACUGACAGGAGCAGGUUCCAGGCCAGGCUGUUCAUAGCGUGUGUGGGAGCCUCGGAAAGCAAGUGUUAAGUCACAGAGCACCAUGUGGGCUCUCCAGGGAAGGCUCAGCUGGCCAGGACAUUUGUCUAGCUCUGCUCACUGGCACCACCGCUCACCUGCUUCUCCACAUCGCAGGCUCAGGAAGGAGGAAGCUGCCCCGGUGGUGGCAGCUACAGCUCAGCUGCCCUUCACUGCCGUCCUCAGGAAGGGCAGUGGACGUGCCCACACUCCUUGCUGCUGGCCCGGGCACAGCCCAGCACCCCAGUAUGCACUUCCUCUUGGGGACCAGCCCCAGGAAACACAAGCCCACCUUACCAUAGCAUGGGGCAGUGGGAAGCUGUGAAUCGCCCGGGCCAGGUCCCCAGCAAUGAUAGCACACUGUGAGUCUGUCAGCGGCUUGUGUACCAGUGGGGGAAACACGGAGAGGUGGGCAGCCCGAAGCUGAGUGUGCUGGGGGCAGGGGUGUUUGAGUCGAGGCGGGUGGAGAUCGCCGGAGGAGGAGAGCAGCACAAAAGACUGCGGAGACCCUCAGAGACCUAGGUGUGGGCACAGCUAGACCCAGCGGUCCCACUGCUGGAAAAGUAGACAGUAGGGAGAAGCCUGUGUCUUCCCCACGUCCCACAGCAUGGGGCUACGGCUGCCUAGGGUGGGCAAGGUGACCAGACCUCUGACUUCCCCAACUAUGAGCCCCUGCUGCAGAUUCCUCAGCCAGAAGCUCUCAAAGAUCAAAGCUCUGGCAGGUACCGCUGUCCUGACCCUGAGCCAGCCCAUGGGAUGUGCCUGGGCCAGGUGCCAGCCCACGUCCCAAUGUCAGCCCAGGCAGGACCCCACCUGACCCUCCUCAGCCACUGGCCUGACACCAGCAGGACUUGUCCAGCUGCUGCCAGCAUGGGGACAGUCCCCACUUAACCUUCAAGAGCACUUAGAAGCAGAUGGCCUUCCAACUCUGCCGGCCUAUCUGCAGGGCCCACAUUGGGCUCCUCACUCCACAGCCCUCCGUGGGGCUUCUCUGGGGGUUGGAAUCUCCUGUUUGGAGUUUGAUGUCCACUUUGGGUGCUGCCUUGGGAACCUCUGUCCUCACCCUCCCCCCAGGCCGCUCUCAGCCUAGCUGCUGUAGUAUGAGGUGGGGGACUUGUCAGACCCACCAGCCACCCGCGUUGGCCAGCAGAGCCAUGUUGGAACUGAGUGCGCUGGCUGAGGCUGAGUGGGCAGAGGGACAGUAGGAGGUGAUUCUCCCCCGUCAGAGGGAAGUAUACAAGGGAUCCUUUCUUGCCAACACAGGGAGCUGCCAUCCCUGCCACCCUCAUGGCACCAAGACCUUCCCCUUUCCAAACUCUCCCUCCAGCAGGGAUCUGACUUUGGACAACAAGGCUUUAUUUGUAAAUAUGCUCUUAAUAUACAACGUUGAGAACAGAACAGAAACAUCGUGUAUUUUAAAGUAUAAAAUGAAGUGUGACACACUGUAUACAAUUUAAUAUAUAUUUUUAGGAUUUUGUUAUUUAAGAAAAUGGAAUGUGAUGGUACUUAACUUUUACAAAAGAGAGAAAAAUGUUAUUUUUACUGUUUGAAGAAAAUAAAUAUUCUCAUUGUUGUAGAAACA